UUUCUUUUUAUCAAAUUUUACUAAACGCGUUGGGUUACUAAAACUUAAAGAAAUUCACAAUUUAACAUAAACCACAAUAUAUAAUAAUAUUCAUCAUGUCCAAGAGACCCGGCUCUAGCCUAGUAUUGGCUCAAGAUCCAAAGAAAGCGAAAAAUGACUUGGUGGCAUAUACUAAUCGUGAUAAGGCCUUAAUGGAAUCGGGUGUACGUCGAACUUCGAAUCUACAAGCUUCUAUUAUGCUGCUGGAGGGGCAUCAAGGGGAAAUUUUUACCACAGAGUUUCAUCCGAAUGGAGAGAUGUUGCUUUCGUCAGGCUAUGACCGGCAAAUAUACAUCUGGAAUGUCUAUGGUGACUGUGAAAAUAUUUUGGCCAUGUCCGGGCACACUGGUGCAGUAUUGGAGGCUCACUUUAACACCGAGGGCUCGCAAGUGUUUACUUGUUCCACCGACAAGACCUUGGCAAUUUGGGAUAUUGGCACAGGACAAAGAUCGCGCCGUCUAAAAGGUCAUACAAAUUUUGUUAACUCCCUUCAUGGAGCUCGUCGUGGACAACAAAUGUUGUGUUCUGGAUCGGAUGACCGCACGGUUCGUAUAUGGGAUGCUAGAAAAAAAUUAUCUGCUCAUACAUUGGAGGCUCCGUUUCAAGUGACGGCAGUCACUUUCAACGAUACCGCAGAGCAAGUUAUUUCUGGUGGCAUAGACAACGACAUAAAAGUGUGGGAUAUACGCAAACAGCAAGUACUACAUUCUCUUAAGGGACACACAGACACCAUAACGGCCAUGUCCUUGUCGCCGGAUGGUUCUUACAUACUCUCUAACUCUAUGGACAAUACCCUGAGAAUUUGGGAUAUUCGUCCUUAUGUGCCGGGAGAGCGCUGCGUCAAAAUCUUUCAGGGUCAUCAACAUAAUUUCGAAAAAAAUUUAUUGCGCUGUGCUUGGUCGCCGGAUGGCAGUAAAAUUUCAUCAGGAUCGGCAGAUCGUUAUGUCUAUAUAUGGGAUACAACCAGCAGAAGAAUACUGUACAAACUUCCCGGUCAUAAUGGUAGCGUUAAUGAUGUAGAUUUUAGUUCAAAAGAACCUUUAAUUGUAUCGGGGUCCAGCGAUAAGACAUUGUAUUUGGGAGAAAUUGAAGACUAAAUAUAAAUCAAACAAAUUGUACCUUAA